UCUAAAACAAAUGCUGUCACAAGUUGAGUGCAGUGGAGGAACACUUCUGUAAAUCGUGGAGACGUGUUUUUUCCGUGAAUUUACGCGGGAUUAUAGUGUGUGUCUGCGUGGUUUCUAUUUUCUCUUUUACGCAUGUGCGUGUUGUAGGUCUCUAUGACAACACGACUAUUAAAGUCAUGGAGCGGGGGAGAGAAGAGGCUCAGGAGAUUAUCAGGACUGGUGCUCCAGCCGGCUAAGUCUGAAAAUGUAGGACAAUAAAUGGAAGAAAACAGUAUCCAUAUGUAAUAUAACAUAUAUUAAUAUUGUGUUUGUUGUUCUUGAUCAAGUAAAAGGAGACGCAAAAGCUUCUGCUAGUGCGAUGAGUCAGGUAAUGACAACCACAAGGACCCAGGAGGAGUACGAGGACGACUUUGAGAAGGACCUAGACUGGCUGAUCAGCGAGGAGGGAAAAAGUGAAGGCCAGGACACCGAUUAUGAGGAUCUUGAAGCUAAGAUAGACAAGGAGCUGGAGGAGGAAGAGUGUGGGAAAAAGGUGGUCAAGAAAAGCCAGAAAGAGAAGGCAUCCAGUGAGUCAGAGCAGCCAGAGGAGGAGAGGUGGCCUUCACCUAUGGAACCUUUGGAGUUCGACUCCGACCGAGACAGUCCAUAUAAGGGCGGCUCCCCCGUAGCACCGCCCCCUCCAGCUUUGGAAGACGAACUGGACGAGGAAAAGAAGUACAUCCUGGAGAAGAUCCAGCUGGCCAAUCAGCGGUUAAAGGACCAGGAAGCGCCAGACAUGACACGCCGGCGCCGCCUUCACUUUAAAGACACGCUGGUGGAUCUGGUCGUUCCCCCAGUAGAGUAUGAGAAAAACACCAGCGUCAACCACAGCUCAGGGCUGGUAGAGCAGGUCAACCACAGCUCGGGGCUGGUAGAGCAGGUCAACCACAGCCCGGCCAACGGCAAGGAGAUGGAGGUAGACAGGGAUGUGUCAGAGAGGCUGUCUGAUCUGAAGAUCUCCCAGCAGGAGGGAGGAGGUGCUUGGGGAGGGCAGGGGACCAAGCCUGAGACCAGAGCUGUGAAUAGGAGUUUGGAGGUCGGACAUGAGAGAGAGGGUAGAGUCCUGGUGGAAAAAGACGGCAAGUUUGACCUGGUUUGUGUGAAGGAGGUGGAGGGCCAGAGCCUUAUGCUGCCCCCCUUAGCCAGUCUCCCCUGCGACAACACCCGUUCUCCCCCCCGCCCGGGUGACCGGAGCCCCAGCUAUACCCCCACUUCCUCCCCACUGCGUCCCAUCCCCAACACCUUGUCCCUCGGGGACAAGCAGCUCCGCUCCCCCAGACCUCCGGCCAAACCCAGGAUCCGCCCCAGCUCGGCCGGCCAGAGGGGCAGCGGGCGGAGGGUAGCCAAGCGCCGUGUGCAGUCAGCUAACAGCACGCCGUCCCGGCAGUCAACCUUCAGCCUGUCGCCACAGCAGAAAGGGCUCCUGAACAAAAUACAGGAGAGGAGAGAGAGACUGGCUAGAGAGGAUGAGCAGAGGAAGCGGGAUGAGGAGGAGCAGAAGCGCCAGGAGAAUGAGCUGGCUUUCCAUGCCUGGUUGGGGAGGAAGACAGAGCAGCGGCAGGAGGACAGACGGAUCCACAGAGCCCAGGAGAUGGAGAGGAUGAACUGCAGGGAGCACAGUGACCCAGACAAGGCCUUUAAGUCCUGGUUGCAGAGGAAACAUGAGCAGCAGCAGAGAGACCGACAGCUGGAGGAGAUGAAACGGUUGGAGGAAGAGAGUGGAUUCUACCUGCGCCACCGAGAGGAGUGUGAACGGGCAUUCAAACUGUGGCUGAAGAAGAAGCGGGAAGAGAAGAGGAUGGAGCAGCAGGCGGCCCGGGAGCGCUCCCGCAGGCUGGUGUUCGAGGAGCGGCGCUCCCGGCGCAUCCAGGACCUCAUGUUCAGCAUUAACGAGGCCAAAACCUUUCGCUUUAACGAACACCUGGCGUACCGCUUCUGAAGAUGCUGCGGAUGAAAUCGCAGACUAUGUACAUCAUUGUUUUUUUUACUGUAAAUAAAACUUAUCUUGACUACGAGUUGUAUACAGGAAGAAGACAGACAUCCGGUCAGUUGGUUUUUGUCAGACAAUCAUAUUCUUUGUCAUAAAUCAUUCAAUGACUUGAGCAAACAAAAGAUGUCUACAAUGUUUGGACUGCAGCUGUUAAUGUGGUCACAGCCUAAAGAAGGGCAUUUAAAUAGACAUUCUAGUAUAGCACUUAAAAUGAGGCACUAGAAAUUAGAUUUUAUUAAACAUUAUUUCAUGAAACAGAGUGAUGUAUACUGUACCCUCGAUGUUUAUGAAGAUUAUUUAUCAGGUGAGUGAUUGUAACACAGGUAACCAGUUCAACAGCUGUGUUCAGAAAUAUUUACUCUGUUUGCUCAAUGCUACUGGUGCCUGCACUCUACAUUGUCUCUCCAUUGUUGCAAAUGCACUUUAAGUUUUACACAUUUCCGUAGAACCCAAGGCCUGACGUAUUAGCAGGCAGAACAUUCCGAUUUAAUGUCUGUUUAAUAUUGAAGAUCUAUUUUCACAAACUUCAAAUAAAUGUUUCUAAAAUCA